AUGUCAUCCAUGCCUAUUGCAGUAUCCAAAACCCCCUCCUCCGUCCCCCCAACCGAGGAGGAGGUCGCCUCGCUCGUCCAUACUAUUUUCUCCGCCAAAACCUCGCAAGAGGCGCUAGACGCUUCCUAUGCCCUCACGAACCUUUUAAUUAAUUCGGUUGGAUAUCGCGGACUCCUCGCCUACAACAUCCUCCCACAAAUCAAGAAAGCCGCUGUCGAUAAGAAAGAUGGGGCGAAAAGAGAGAGUGCGAUGCUCAUCCUCGGCGCUUUGUUUGAGCUGUUUCCCCGAAAAGAUCCCCUCAGUGAGGUGGUACUUCUUAUUCAAGAUGGCGGGAUUUUGAACGUCGCCUUGGAUGCUCUAGCCGACAAAGGAGCAGUUGUCCGCGAGGCCGCCCAAUACGCUAUCGAUGCCCUUUUCGCCGGUUUGAAGCCCGAGUCCCUCGUCAACGCUCUCCUCCCUGCCGUACUCCGUUACCUAGGCAAAAGCUCAGGCAAGUGGCAGGGUGCAGUGGGCGCUUAUUCUCUGUUAGAGAAAAUGGCCAACAAAGCCAAGAUUGGCACCGGCACCAAAGACGAAGAACGACAGAAGGAUCUGCUUCGUGAAGCGAUGGGCAACACUCUGAAGGAAGUCAUUCCGGUUGUCGAAUCUGGCAUGCACGAUUUGAAAAGCGAAGUCGCUAAGCAAGCAGUCAAGACAAUGACUGCUGUCACAACACUCAUUACCAAUGAAGACGUUAUUCCUCGUAUUCCCUUGCUCAUCACCGCCAUGGAGAAGCCUUCGUCGGAAAGCUUGCAAAAGACGAUUCACGCUCUUUCCCAGACCACCUUUGUUGCUAUCGUGACUUCCCCAGUUCUAGCCCUAUUGACGCCUCUUCUGGAACGAUCACUCAACACUCCCACAACUUCUCAGGAAGUUCUCCGUCAAACCGUUGUGGUUGUGGAAAACUUGACUAAACUGGUCCAUGACCCUACCGAAGCCAGAACCUUCCUUCCUAAACUCAAGCCUGGUGUUCAGGCCGUUGAGGCUCGUGCUUCACUUCCCGAAGUGCGUGAACUGGCUAACAGAGCCUUGGACGUUAUCAAAAAAGCCAUGGGUGAUGACAACGGAAAUGUCGCAGAUGGAGCUGUUGUCAAGACCACCUCAGACGACGUCUUGAAGGUUCUAGAUGCUAAGAUUGUCGCUCACGGUGGACCAGCCCAGCCAGGAGAAGCCAAGUUCUUCGACCUUGUGAAGUCAUAUAUUGCGGAUAUGGUUCGCGAAGACAUCAGUGUCAGAAUGCUUGAUCGCAUUACCGAAUGUGCUGGACCUUAUCUCGCCACUUUGGUUCAAGGCGGGCAGAAUGACUCUGUAGCUUCCGAGGUUCAGGAACAUUUCGUCGAGGAAGACCACCGUCGAUUCGGUGCCCCUGUCCAAGAAGAUGAUGGCGAGGUUGAAAUUGUCAACGCAGACUUUUCCCUCGCCUACGGUGGUAUGCUUCUCUUGUCUCACACCAAUCUUCGCCUGCUUAAAGGACAUCGCUAUGGUCUGUGUGGUCGCAAUGGUGCCGGUAAAUCUACCUUGAUGCGCAGUAUUGCCAAUGGAAAGCUGGAAGGAUUCCCUCCCAAGGAAGUUCUUCGUACUUGCUUUGUCGAGCACAACCAAGGCGAAAGCGCUGAACUCAGCAUUCUCGAAUACUGCGCUCACGACCCUGAGCUCCAGAAUGUCAGCAAAGAAGAAAUUUCCACCGUGUUGAGUGAGUUCGGUUUCACCGAUGGUCCCGAAGGUCGCCAGUCACAAAAGGUUGGAUCGCUUUCUGGUGGUUGGAAGAUGAAGCUCGCUCUCGCUCGUGCCAUGCUCAUGAAGGCUGAUGUUCUCCUGCUCGACGAACCUACUAACCAUCUUGAUGUUGCCAACGUCAAAUGGCUUCAGGAAUACCUCAAGGCCCAUACCGACAUCACCAGUUUGAUCGUCAGUCACGAUUCCGGCUUCUUGGAUGAGGUCUGCACAGAUAUUUACCAUUACGAGAGCAAGAAGCUAGUAUGCUACAAAGGCAAUCUUGCAGACUUCGUCAAGGUCAAGCCAGAGGGCAAGAGUUACUACACUCUGUCGGCAUCUAAUGUUCAAUUCAAGUUCCCAGCUCCCGGUAUUCUGACUGGUAUCAAGUCACAGACCAAAGCCAUCCUCCGUAUGACAAACUGCACAUACACAUAUCCUGGAGCCAGCAAGCCUUCAAUUCAAGAUGCAUCCAUCACAUUGUCUCUCUCUUCUCGUACCGCUAUUAUCGGAGGUAACGGUGCCGGAAAAUCAACAUUCAUCAAGCUUCUGACUGGAGAGACUGUGCCCCAGACUGGUCGUGUUGAGAAGCAUCCCAACCUUCGUAUUGGAUACAUCAAGCAGCACGCACUCGAGCACGUUGAGAUGCAUCUCGAAAAGACACCCAAUCAGUACCUGCAAUGGCGAUAUGCCAACGGUGACGAUCGUGAGGUGUACCUCAAGCAGACUCGUAUUUUGACCGAUGAAGAACGCGAGCAGAUGGAAAAGCCUGUUGAUCUUGGAAACGGCCAAGGCCAACGACGCAUUGAAGCUCUCAUGGGUCGACAGAAGUGGAAGAAAUCGUUCCAGUACGAAGUCAAAUGGGUCGGACUCCUCCCCAAAUUCAACACCAUGAUCUCUCGCGAGACAUUGACCGAAUUGGGCUUCUCCAAGUUGGUUCAAGAGUUCGAUGAUCACGAAGCUUCUCGUGAAGGUCUCGGUUACCGUAUCCUUGAACCCAAGGUCAUCGCCAAGCACUUCGAAGACGUCGGUCUGGACCCCGAGAUUGCGAACCACAAUCAAAUUUCCGGCUUGUCUGGUGGUCAGAAAGUCAAGGUCGUUUUGGCUGGUGCCAUGUGGAACAACCCUCACUUGUUGGUCCUUGACGAGCCUACCAACUUCUUGGACCGUGACUCCCUAGGAGGUUUGGCCGUCGCCAUCCGCGACUAUAAGGGUGGUGUAGUCAUGAUUUCUCACAACGAAGAAUUCGUCGGCGCCUUGUGUCCCGAACAAAUCCACAUUGCCGACGGUCGCGUCACCCACCGCACCAGCACCGCCGUCGCAUCUGACCGAUUCGAAGAUAGCCAGCCCGGCUCACCCGCGCCUAACAGCACUGUCCCCAGCACUGUGGCCAGCUCUGUUGUAUCCAGCGCCGCACCAUCAGCCGUCAACUCCGGCGCCGAAGAUACGGGCGAAUUGAAAUUCAAGGCCAGAAAGAAGAAGAAGCUUACUCGCGCGCAAAUGAAGGAGCGCGAAACUCGCCGUCGCCUUCGUCAUAUCGAGUGGCUCAAUUCGCCAAAGGGCACACCCAAGCCUGUCGAUACGGAUGACGAGGAGUAG